AUGGCAGCACUCAAUGGAGCAUGGGAAGUAUUGAGGUGUCCAAAGAAGCGGCAGGACUACAACCAAUCUCUUCAAGCACAGGCUCUUAAGAGGCAGGCUGAAGAGAAAAAGAAACACUUCAUCAAUUCGAUUGCUGUGAAGCAAAAGCAGAACCAUGAGCAGCGGGAGGCUCACAAAGUAAGUGCCACAGCCAAACAAAAGGCCAGAAGUACCACGGAGACCAAGGAAAGCGUCAGUGAAAAGAAAGCUGCCAAUGGCAGCAGUUUCGUCUAUGUGUGCCUGACCAAUCAGAAGAAGGCCAUUGUGGUCAAAUCUUCUAGCCGGAAGAGUCUCCAUCGCAAAUUUGAGCGCCACAACUUUGUGUCAGCCAAGCACGCAGACGCUGUAGCGUCCGAGUUUGCCAACAGGGUUGAGAACUGGUGUGUGGAAACCCUCUGCAUGAACAAGAUUGCGCAACUGGAAGAGUUCAUGAUGCAGCAGGACAUUGAGAAGCCUGCCAAGAGGGUCAGCAAAGUGUUCUUGCAGGAAUACAUUGAGGAGGCUUUCUACAACAAGUCUUGUGGGAAACUGGAGUCCUUCUUGAGGACGGCGUACCAGGAUUCCACAGGAGCAUCUUCAACUCCAGAAGGUAACACCAGCUACCAGGAGGGCAUUGUGGUUGACAAGUACACCAACAAAUUUAUGGCCACUUUCAAGAUCUCAAAAGAACAUGGAAGCAUUUGCAAGAUCUUUGACAACCGCGAGGAUGCUGAGUUUUGGUAUGACUCGAUCAGUAGCCUACACCAGAAGCAGCGGUUAGUGGGGAAUAUUUCCCUCCUCCGGCAGGCUUGCGCGACACGAAAAGCUACAGCUGAAGCAAUGUCUCGCAUCAUGUCGGAGAACGUUUCAGUUGCAGCGGAGGCAAGCAAGACGUUUGCUCGGGACAUGGCCAUGGGGACGGACAUGUCUGGUAUUCACUUCCUUGCUGACAAGUCGCUCAAAAAGAAUGACCUUCCUCAAGCAGAGGUUCGCAUCCACAGGUUGAUGUCUGAGAGGUUGUCGACUUUGGUGGAAGGGCAGAAACUUGAAGGCAGACUCCUUGGGAAGUAUCAUGACUCAACGGGGUGGAGGGCUACGAUUUGCAUUCUCUUGGGCGACUCCUACUCUUUGGCUGAUGUGGAUCAAUUUGCAAAGACUUCCUGCCUUUCAGUUGUUGGCGUGAUAGGCAGCAGCAAUGACUUGAAACCAUCAGUGCAGGCCUUUGAUGCUCUCAAGGCUUUGGCUUCAGAGUGCACAAUCCCGAUCUACUUGCACUUUGCUCGUAUCCAGGGCCAGGUGAAGCUCAGCGCUUUCCAGCUCGCUGCCAAGGAGAAUGGCGGAGUGGCAGAGGUUCAAGUCAAUUUCAUUGUCAGAAAAUUGCAGCAAGAGGAGUUUAGAGUUAUUGGUUCUGCUGCUGAGUCAUCUCAAGUGCAGGUUGGCAUUGAAGUUUCUCGCUGA